AUGCAGUGUUGCAGUGUUCACCGAAACGAUUGUGUGCAGUCUCGGCAGGAUGAAGUGUAUCAGGCCUUGGAAGAGUUUGGCAUUUUUGAGGCGGACAGGAGCUUGGUGUCCAGGAUCACCAACGAGGCGGCGCCCUAUUCGCAAGUGGAUUUGAGGGACCUCACUGACAUCAUUGAGAAAUGGCUGGCCAAGGAGCAGGAGUUUAUGCACGAGACCUUCAACUUGAUGGACAAGGAUGGCAGCGGAACAGUCUCAGCACAAGAGCUUUUCCAGUACCUGGGGUCUGUUGGCAUCACACCGGUGCGAAGUCGAGUGAGGGAGGUAACUCAGCUGGUAGAUCCUGACUCCUCGGGUGCCUGGCAGGCUGCCGGCCGUCACUUUGAGUCAUCUCGCAUUUUGGGCUUGCAGAUGGCAGAGAAGAAGCAUGUCCAAGCCUUUGCCGUUCGGCGGCAGCUGCCAAUGAUGGCGCUGUACUUAGGAGCCUCGCCAGCUUUGGCCCAGGAUGGCAUGGAGCAAUGGCAAGAUUUAGGAAGCCGUGGGCUCAAGUACAUCGAUUUGCGCCCUGGCAAAGGUGCUGAAGCUGACAAGGACGCCGUUGUGCGGGUACAAUGGUCAGGGCGAUUGUACAGCAAACAAGGCUGGACUUAUGGCCGUUGCAAUGAUCCGGAGUGCGAGCUGCGCUUCAAGGUCGGGGAUGGAACAACCAUCGCCGGACUAGAUGAGGGCAUUCGAGGGAUGCGAGAGGGCGGAUAUCGGCGCUUCCUCAUCCCGCCACAGAUCGCAUACCAAGAAGGGCAGGAGCUGCAGCCGCUACCUGAACGGGAUGACUUGAAGAGGAGACUCUACUCCACUGUUUUCAACAAGGUGCGUAUCGCCAAUGGUGAGGGGGCUACGCUUGGUACCAUUGUGCUGGAUGUUGUCCUCAAAAGAGUGGCUGCACAAACUUGA